UUUUCUGAGUUUGUCCCAUGAUACUGAGGCAUCUUGCCCUUCGAAUCCGACCUGUACUCCAACGCCGUUUCUUCAGCUACAAAUCCUUCCCAGACAUCCAAAAACUAUGCACUAUUCGAGUCGAUAAUAUCCCUCGAGGCUAUGAUGUUCCCCGCAUCCUCAAAUCUCUCAAGGCCAACCCCGUGGAAAGGCUUGUUGCAGAGAAGAAUUAUCUCAUCGUACGCUUCCUUUCCAACGAAAUGGCAAUGCGCUGCAUCGAGGAAAACGACGGUGUUGAUGGCAUGUCGGUAAGGCUGAUUGGCAACAUGUCUGACCGGUCGGCGUUCUUGGUCGCUGCAGUUGGAUAUGGAAUAACACGGACAUGCAUUGUUGAGAACAUUCCACCGGGUAUUAGGGCGGGAACUUUGAAAACUUUAAUUACUCAAGACAAGCCUAUGGAAUACUGGAAGUACGAUAAACAGAAUCUCCGAGCCGAGAUGCGGUUCAUGGAUGUUUAUCAUGCAUGGCUUGUAUGUUGUUGGUCCGUCUUACAUGCAGUCGUUUACAUCUUUCUUACACAGACCAGUGCCGCUCUCAACCAAAAUACUACCCUCAAUCAGUGUCGGUUAACCUACACUGAUAAAGACGACUUCUAUAUGUUUCCAGAGUGGUACGCGCCACAGGAAAUGGAUCAGUCAUAUGUGAGGCGGGUCGUGGCCAUAUCUAACAUCCAACCAGGGAUGUACAAAACAUGCUGGCAGUGGACCCAAGAAUUCGACAAGAUCUCUCCAACGCUAGUCUAUAGUGGUUAUUGGCCUGGCCUUAAGGAAAUGUUGCUCACCUUUGCAACGUCGGCAGCCGCACAGCAGUUUGUGGACACGUUCCAGACAUUGGCGGAUUCAUUACCCGUUCAGCUCAAGGUGGAAGAGGACAAACGAGAUCCUAUCAACCGGGGUCUUAUCACAGCUCUGAGUCUCGGCGCCUCUCGAAAAAUUGUCGUCGAAAUGGAUCAGGGUCACCUAAGGGAUUGGGACGAGCAUGUGAAAUCUUAUGGAGCUGUGAGAAGGAUUUCCACGCACUGGUCAGACUCGUCGUCUCAGGGAGAGGUGGUCUACGAAUUCGAUAGUCUAUUCAAAGCCAUGAGGGCCCUCUUUGUUUUGGCCAAGCGGGGGAAACGGUUGCCUCAAUUUCAGGGUGUCUGUCUCAAUUUUUACGGCGCCAAGCACCUGGAACCUAUUGAAAUAAUGCAACGGUGGUGACAUGUUUGCGAAAGAAAUCGCUCGAGGAGAGCGCAAAGUUGAGGCUCAGGCUUCACAACGUAAAAUUGACCGCUUCGCUACAAAGAGUCGUGUCCAUAUCAGUUUCGACUGAACGUCUACGUUUUGAAGGUGCAAAUCAGCCUGAUAUGUUAGCGCAAGAGAUAGAUGGGAGUAUACUAGAUGUACCACCUUCAUUCGUAACAUGUGAUGUUUUUCAAGUGGAU